AUGGAAAAGAAAAGGAAAGAAAUAGAAGAUUUAGAUACAGAUAAUAGUACAAUCACAUAUAAAAAAUUUAAAAGUGAAUUUAAUUCAGAUAGUUUAGAUUAUAGAAAGCUUCAAAAAUUAUCAAUAUCAUUAAAUUUGGGUGGUGGUGGCACUAAAAUUUCAAUCUAUAAUAGAAUAGAAAAUUAUCUC